AUGGAGUCUUACAACUCCACGGCCUGUCAAGAUGGCUUCCUCGGACCUAGUGUCUGGACUGAGGGCUGUCGUGGCGGCUUCGAUUUUACUCUCCUGUUCCAAGAGAGUAUCUUGAGCAUUGUUCCCUCUGCUCUGUUUCUUCUCCUUGCUGGUCCUCGAGCUGCAUAUCUCCUUAGAUCUCCAGACAGGGCAAAGCGUCACGCGACUUAUACGCCCAAACUUAUUACCUCUGCCGUCUAUGCAGUUCUGCAGGUGGUUCUCGUAGCGCUAGUGCCCACUACCAAGCAUCUCAACACGCGCCUCUCGCUCGCCGCAGCUGUUCUAAACCUCUUGGCGGCCUUUGCCAUUGUUCUCUUGGCUCAUAUUGAGCACGUUAAAUCUAUUCGUCCAUCAUUUCUACUCACAGCUUAUCUAUCCAUCUCGCUGCUUUUCGAUGCUGCCCGACUUCGAACUGAGUGGCUCAUGCUGCUCAACCUUCCCUACGCCGCGACCUUGUCGACCUCUACAGUCUUUAAACUAGCUGUCUUGGUUCUCGAGACUAUCGAGAAGCGCAAGAUUCUCAUCACUGCGGACCAUGCCCCCUCGAAAGAAAGCACCAGCGGCCCCUUUAGUCGUGGAUUCUUCAUCUGGCUGAACUCGCUCCUCUUCUCGGGCUGGGCUACUGUGUUGACCAACAAUGACUUGCCCACGAUCUAUGAGAAGCUUUCAUCUGAGAAGCUUGCACUUCGAUUUGGCAAGGCUUGGCAGAAAGCAACUCGAAGCAAGAAGCCUUCCUUGUUCUUCACCACCAUCAGGGUUCUGAAAUGGGAACUUCUCAGCAUCACCCCGCCCCGGCUUGCCAUGAUUGCUCUUAGCAUCUCGCAGCCUUUCCUUGUUAGCCACGCCCUGCGCUUUCUCACUAUGCCGGCGUCCGAAGCAACCAUGAAUCUCGGCUAUGGUUUGAUUGGUGCUUUUGCUUUGGUCUUUAUCGGCUCAGCUAUUAUCACGGCAUGGUAUGAGCACUUGACCUUCCGGGCUGGUGCCAUGGUGCGAGGCGGUUUGAUCACAUUGAUCUACGGCAAAAUGAUGAAGCUGCCCACGGAUGACCUCAACGAGUCAUCAGCCGUCACCCUCAUGGGUAAUGAUGUCGAGACGCUGACAGAAAAGCUCCACAUGCUGCUGGUAGAGUCUUGGGCAAACACCCUCACCGUCGGUAUCGCAAUGUGGAUGCUUGCCGCUCAGCUGGGAGCAGUUUGCGUGGCACCCAUCAUUACAGCAAUCAUCUCCUUGAUACUUUCCGGUAGUAUCGGCAAACUAAUGGUUCCACGGCAGAUGGUCUAUCAAAAGGCAACUCAGGACCGCAUCAAUUUCACCUCCGAGGUGCUCAGCUCCAUGAAGCCAGUCAAGAUGCUUGGAUACUCGGAACGCUUCCAUAGUCUCAUUGCACAGAAACGUGACGAAGAGAUUGAAGUUGGUAAACGGUACCGCAUGAUAAGCGUUUACGCCAACUGCAUAACAAACUGCAACAUAAGUUUGACAGAGGCCAUCACCUUUGGCGCAUAUGCAAUUGCUGCCAAGCUUGGAGGCGGAGAGCCAUUCUCAGCUGCUCAGGCAAUCACGGCCUUGUCCGUCCUGGGCGUCAUGAUGGAUCCGCUGUCAAACCUACUGGGUAACAUUCCAAACUCGUUUUCUGCCUUUGGAUGCUUCAAGCGGAUUCAAGAGUUCUUGAUGCUCGAGGAGAGGAUGGACCGCCGCCAGAUUCACGACAAUCAGAGUGGCCCUUCAUCGAAAUCGUCUCAAGAGAAUACUGAAACACAACACGAAGCGCUUGAGCUCAAGACUUUGAGCAAGGUCGGGGCCGAUGGUUCACGAAUCUCAAUCAGUGAUGGCAACUUCAACUGGGGUGAAAGGACUGUUCUUAACGGCAUCAAUACGGCCUUUCCUCGACAUGAGAAUGGGUCACUUGUCAUGGUGAUUGGUCCUGUUGGAUCAGGAAAAUCUAGCUUUCUCAAAGCUAUCCUGGGUGAAACAACCUCUUCGAAAGGUAGAGUGUCUCUGAGUUCCCCAGAAGUCGCCUUUUGUGAGCAGUCCCCAUGGGUUAUGAAUGCAACGAUCCGAGCAAACAUUAUUGCCGAGUCAAAGGGCUUUGACAGCGCUUGGUUUGACACUGUCGUGAAUGCCUGCGAUCUUUCGAUCGAUCUUGGCAGGUUCCCAGAAGGAGAUCUCACCAUGGUUGGAGACAAGGGAGUCAAGCUCAGUGGAGGCCAGAAGCAGCGCUUGGCAAUCGCUCGAGCGGUUUAUUCGAGGAAGCCUGUGGCCAUGUUUGACGAUGUCUUCAGUGGACUAGAUAAGGUGACAGAACAGGCCGUCUUCAGCCGCGUCUUUGGAAAAGAUGGACUGCUUCGAAAGAAUGGAACUACUGUUAUCCUGGCAACCCAUGCUGUCCAUCGAUUGCCAGAGUCAGAUUAUGUCAUUGCCCUAGACAAAGGGGGCAGACUGAUCGAGCAAGGGACCUUCUCUGACCUACGAUCCGGAGGGGGCUAUGUGGAGAGUCUCGACAUCUCAAGUCACUUUGAUGAAAGCGACGAUGAUCCUUCAUCAUCCAGCGACAGUACUUCCGAGCCCAAGAGUUCCGAGAGCCAGCCUCAACAGCAAAAGGACGAAGCUGAACCCCCGAGCGACAGGAGCGUCUUUAUGUAUUACUUCAAGGCCAUUCGAGUGCACAACAACGUCAUGCAGGUCUUUCUGAUUGUCACCGCCUGUGUCAUUUCUUCCUUUAGAUAUGUCUGGAUCACCUGGUGGGGUGAUGGAAAAGGCCGUGAUAGUUCAGAUGUGGGAUAUUGGCUGAGCAUCUAUGGUGUCUUGUCUCUUCUCGAAGGAUUACUCAUCACUAUGGCCAUUGCGCUGUUUCUUCUCGUUGUUGGACCGACGAGCGGGAAGACGCUUCACCGUCGACUCUUGGAUGCUGCGAUGAAAUUCAGUCAAGACCUGCGACUCGUUGACACAGUCUUGCCACUUUCUCUAUCCAUCUUCCUUUUUGAGGUUGCCGCAUGCUUCGGAGCUGCCGGCCUUGCCAUCGCCGCCGUUGGCUGGUUCGCAGUCUCCAUACCCUUUGUUAUUGGCGUCCUCGUCUUGAUUCAGCGCUUCUAUGUUCGAACCUCGAAGCAGCUCAGACUCUUGGAGAUUGAACACAAGGCUCCUUUGUUCUCGCACUUUCUCGAGUCCAUCAAUGGUCUCGCUACUAUCCGAGCAUUUGGCUGGAUUCAACCGUAUACUGACAAAGUCCUCCUUCGACUUGAUGAUGCCCAGAAGCCUUCUUAUCUCCUUAAUUGCAUCCAGCGAUGGUUGACACUUGUUUUGGACAUGGUUGUUGCUUUCUUGACUGUCAUUCUUGUCGUCUUUGCUGUGACUCUGCGGGAAAAGAUCAACCCUUCCCUUUUGGGUAUUGCACUUGUCAACAUGAUGCGUCUUGGAGCCAACAUGAAGGGCAUUAUCCUUUAUUGGUCGAUAUUGGAGACUUCGUUGGGAGCCAUUACACGCAUUCGUGCCUUUUCUUCGGAUGCACCCAAUGAGCAGAAGCCAGGAGAGGAUAAGCAACCAGGAGAAGAGUGGCCAAGCACAGGGAAGUUGGAGGUCAAGGAUCUGGAUGUCCAAUACGAUGUCAACCACGGAGAAAAGCUUGGAUUGUGUGGCCGAAGCGGCAGCGGGAAGAGCUCAUUCGUACAGGCGCUUCUCAGAAUGACUGAGAUCGUGAACGGCCAAAUCACUUUGGACGGCGAGGACAUCUCUGUCAUUCCCAGAUCUUUGAUCCGCCAACGACUCAGCACCCUGACCCAAGACCCAUUCCUCUUCAGCGACACCAUCAGAUUCAACGCCGAUCCUCUAAGCAAGUACUCUGAUGAAGAAGUCAAGAAUGCGCUAGAACGGGUUGGCAUAUGGUCUGUUAUUCAAGCCAAGGUUGGCAAAGACAAAGAGCCCCUUGACGAAAAGAUGGAUGAAAACUUUCUCUCCCACGGACAGCGACAACUCUUCUGUCUUGCUCGUGCUUUGUUAAAGAAGAGUUCUCUACUCAUUCUAGACGAACCUACCAGCAGGCAAACGGACGCCAGGAUUCAAGAGGUCAUCAGAUCAGAGUUUUCAGACUGUACCAUCAUCAUGAUCGCCCAUCGCCUUGAUACACUGCUCGACUUUGACAAGGUUGCGGUGCUGGACAGGGGUGCUCUCGUUGAGUUUGGCGCUCCGACCGAGUUGUUGGCGGAUGAAGCUGGUGCUUUUACGAGGCUGUAUCGUGCUGACAAGAGCAAGGCCAGAGCUUGA